AAGUUUCGCCCACUAAUUUGAGUACCUUCGAAGGAAUCGAUCCUAAGAGAUGAUGGCCUGAAGCGACGCGAUCGUGCGAAACCGUGGUGAAUAGAUGACCGUACCGUAACCUUUAGCUGCUCAUCGUUUUGGUCGAGGGUGGGUUCGCUCGCGCACGAUAAUACCUUAAAAUUCAAAGCCGACGCAGCAUAAACAAGAUGGAAAGUUUCACGAAAUAUCCCUGAAGAUUCGGAGAGGGAAAGGUUGAUUGUCGUCUAACAGGUCGGGAAGAGAGAGGAGGAGGGAGGGAAUGCAUGACGUAUUGACCAUGAGCAAGCAAAGCAUAAUCAAAGAACCAGACUUGGUUGGAGAAAUUAAGGUGGAGACAUAAACUGCGGAGAACGACCGUUGUUUACUAUUUUUUCCCCCUCCUUCGCAUUAUUACCAUCCCCACCGCCGGCGUCGGUGUCGCCUCCAUAGUAAACGCCUCCUCUCUCUCUCUCUCUCUCUUUCUCUUUCUCUUCGUGUAGGGAUGGUUCCGCCUCUGAGGCAUCCAUGAACCCGACCCGAAUGCUUUCUGCAUACGAUCUGGGUUCGACCGGGAAGAUGGAUCUGAGGAGAUUGCUGUUGGCCAUCGCGACGGCGUCGAGUUUGACCGCGGUGGUUUGUGGGAAUAUGGUGUUCGAAGUACAUAACAAGCUGAAGGGACGCGAGGACAGGAGCCUCGCCGCCAUGAGAGCCCACGACGCUCGCCGCCACGGGAGGCUCCUCUCCGACAUCGAUCUCGAGUUGGGCGGCAAUGGCCAACCUUCCGAAACUGGGCUGUACUUCGCUAAGAUUGGGAUUGGAACUCCCUCAAAGGACUACUAUGUGCAGGUUGAUACAGGAAGUGACAUCUUGUGGGUGAAUUGUGUAGGCUGUGACAAUUGUCCAAGGAAAAGUGACCUAGGGAUAAAACUCUCACUUUAUGACCCUAAGAGCUCAUCAACCGGAGACCUGGUGAUGUGUGAUGAAGGGUUCUGCACUUCCACAUACAAUGGUCCCCUUCAAGGAUGUAGGCCGAAUGUGCAGUGCCUGUACAAUGUGGUAUAUGGUGAUGGAAGCUCCACCACUGGAUACUUUGUGAAGGAUUAUGUGCAGUUAGAUCAAGUGACUGGAAACCUUCAAACGUCAUCCACCAAUGGGAGUGUCAUAUUUGGGUGUGGGGAUAAACAAUCUGGAGAGCUUGGCUCAUCCUCUGAAGCUCUAGAUGGGAUUCUCGGUUUUGGGCAAGCGAAUUCAUCCAUGCUUUCUCAGCUUGCUUCAUCAGGCAAGGUGAAAAAGAUUUUUGCACACUGCUUGGAUAGUAUAAAUGGUGGUGGAAUUUUUGCUAUUGGAGAUGUUGUGCAGCCAAAAGUCAACACUACUCCUUUGGUACCAGACCAGCCACAUUACAAUGUUAUUAUGAAGGAAGUUGAGGUGGGUGGUGAUGUUCUACCACUUCCAACAGAUGUUUUUGAUGGUGGGGAUGCAAAGGGAACAAUAAUUGACAGUGGCACAACUUUAGCCUAUCUUCCAAAUGAGGUUUAUAAGCAACUUAUGAAUGCGAUCAUGGCUAAGCAGCCUGGACUGAAAUUACAUACUGUCGAAGACCAAUUCUCUUGUUUCCAGUUUGCUGAAAGUGUUGACGAUAAAUUUCCCGUGGUCAAGUUUCAUUUUGCUGGUUCUCUGACUUUGACAGUUUAUCCUCAUGAUUACUUGUUCCAGAUCCGUGAAGAUGCUUGGUGUUUUGGUUGGAUGAACAGCGGGGUCCAAUCUAAGGAUGGAAAGGACAUGACCCUUCUGGGAGAUUUGGUGCUUUCAAAUAAACUGGUUUUGUAUGAUCUGGAGACUCAGACAAUUGGAUGGACAGAGUACAACUGUUCUUCGAGCAUCAAGGUGAAGGAUGAUAAUGGAGCAGUGUAUUCUGUGGGUGCGCAUGAGUUGAGUUCAAGUACCACUCUUGUCAUGGGACAAGUAUUCCCGGUUUUGUCAUUGUUCGUGUAUAUGCUGCACAGUCUCCUAUAGCAGAUUAACAACUUCAAAGUCUCAACCAAACAAAAUACAAAGAUUGCUUACGAAGAUUUGCAUUCUUUUUUACACCUUACUACCUUGGGUCACAGUUUUUUCGCGAUUGUUUGAGGAUUGUACGAGGAUCUCUGUUCUGUAAAAUAUUUUCUUCUGAAAGGCAUACACACAGCAUACCAAUUUGCUGAUUAUAGUGAUCUUAACUGGUCCAUUUGACUCCUUAAAACCUUUCUUUAUAGUGAAUGCUUUCUUUCACCA